UCCCAAUUCCUUUUUAUAUUCCAAGUUUACAACCUAUCUCUCUCUCUCGCUCUCUGAGUUGAUUGCAGAGCAACUGAGAAAGGAAUGACGAGCUCGCUUGCUCCUUCGUCUCAUCUUCCCUAUAUCACUCCUUCAAAGUCUGGUUUCCAUAAAACCCUAGUUUUCUUUUGCAACAAUACCUCAUCUCAUGGAAGAACUAAACACCUGUCUUACCCCAGAAGGAAUUUUCGUUCACGAAUCAUCUGUGCUUCGGGAGAGAACGCCUCUGAUUCGUUUUCAGCUGGCGACAACAGCUCUAGUAACUUCUGUAUUAUAGAAGGGCCAGAGACUGUUCAGGAUUUUGUUCAGAUGCAGCUGCAAGAGAUCGAUUAUAACAUAAGGAGUAGGAGAAACAAAAUCUUUCUCCUCAUGGAGGAGGUCAGAAGAUUAAGAAUACAACAACGCAUAAAAACUGUGAUGGUUAUCAAUGAAAGAAGCGAGGAGGAAGCAGCAAAUGAAAUGCCAGACAUCCCAUCAUCUAUACCAUUUCUCCCUCAUGUGACACCAAAGACAUUGAAGCAGCUUUACCUCACAAGCUUUGCGUUCAUAUCUGGGAUAAUUGUCUUCGGCGGCCUUCUUGCACCGACUCUAGAGCUGAAACUAGGUUUAGGGGGUACUUCUUAUGAAGAUUUUAUACGUAAUAUGCAUCUGCCACUGCAAUUAAGUCAGGUCGAUCCCAUUGUGGCAUCCUUUUCAGGUGGAGCAGUGGGUGUCAUUUCUUCUUUGAUGUUAAUUGAAGCCAACAAUGUUGAGCAACAAGAGAAAAAACGGUGCAAGUACUGCCAUGGAACUGGUUAUUUGGCUUGUGCCCGAUGUUCUGCAAGUGGUGCAUGUUUGAGUAUUGAACCCAUAUCAAUAUUAAGUAGUUCCAAUGAACCUUUGCGUGCACCCACAACUCAAAGGUGUCCAAAUUGCUCUGGCACAGGGAAGGUGAUGUGCCCAACGUGUCUGUGCACUGGAGUGGCUAUGGCAAGUGAACAUGAUCAUCGGAUAGAUCCAUUCGAUUGAAAAAGGUUGGGCUCAGGAUUUCAAAAUUUUGGUUCUUUAAUUUGCAUGUGUAGCUUAAGCAGAAGUUGAAAAACCCCCACAUCUUAAGAUUUGUUUCAGUCUUUAGCUAAAUCCCUUAAAGUAUAAACUCCCAUGUUGACUUUGGAGUCGAGCAGAACUAUUACUGUGUAAUUUAAUAAGUGAUGAAAAUAAAUAUAGUAUGUCUUUCAAGUUUUAGCCUCUUUAAC